AUGCAAUUGUUUUCAAUUGGUGGUUCUUCAGGAAUGAUGAGAAUUAAUAUUCCAUUAAAGGUAUUAUUUACUCGUGGAUUACAACAAACACUUGGUCAUCCAAAGAGUAGAAAAUUAUUUUAUUAUUUCUUAAUAAAUUUAGCUUUUAUGUUUGUUGAAGUUGCUUAUGGAUGGUGGAGUGGAUCAUUAGGAUUAAUAUCUGAUGGAUUUCAUAUGUUAUUUGAUUGUGUGGCAUUGGCAAUGGGAUUGGUAGCUACUGUUAUAGCGCGAUGGGCUCCAGACAGAUUAUUUACUUAUGGAUAUGGUAGAUCAGAGACAUUGUCUGGAUUCGUUAAUGCAUUGUUCUUGGUAUAUAUUGCAUUUUUUGUUUUAUUAGAAAGUAUUCAUCGUUUAAUCCAUCCAUCGGAUAUUAAAGUUGACGCAUUAUUGAUGGUAAGUUUCCUUGGGUUAUUAGUUAAUAUCAUUGGUGUCUUCGCUUUUCGUGAUACUGAUGAAGAUAUAGAAAUUUCAAAUUGUAAUUGUCCAAUACAUUUAAAUCAACCAAAGAAAAAGAAAGCAAAAGAUAAUAAUAUGGAAGGUAUAUUUUUACAUGUUCUUUCUGAUACAUUAGGUUCAGUUGGAGUUAUUAUUUCGUCUUAUUUAGUAGAAUAUUUUGGGUGGCUUAUUUCUGAUCCUAUUUGUUCAUUAUGUCUUUCAGCAAUGAUUUUUUGUAGUGUACUUCCACUGUUAAAGAAUUCUGCUUCAAUGUUAUUACAAUCAGUUCCUAAAGGAUAUGAUGAUGAUUUAAUUAAAUCUAAACUCAUUCAAAUUGCUGGUGUUAAAGAUGUUAUUAAGUUAAAUUUAUGGGAAUUUUCUGAAAGUUGUUUAGUUGUUACAACAGUUAUUUCUAUUGUUCCAGAAGCUAAUUCUGACACUAUACGUAAUGCUGUUAUUACUGCUUUAAAACAUGAAGAUUUUAAUGACAUUACUGUAGAACUUGUUGUUCAAUGA